AUGGCUGGCCGCAGCUACGUCAGUCCCAAGGAUGAGCGGGCAUUUGUUGCCAUCCUCGCCAAGGACCCUGAGUGCAGCCAGUGCUUCGAGUGCGGAGCCCCCUCCCCGCAGUGGUGCGAUGUCAUGCACGGCACCUUCAUUUGCCUAAACUGUAGCGGGCAGCACCGCGGCCUCGGUGUGCAUCUCUCGUUUGUCCGCAGCUCCACUAUGGACGGCUGGGUAGAUUGGAAGCCGGAAAAGUUGCGUCAGAUGGAGCUGGGCGGCAACCGCCGCGCGCGGCUGUACUUUGAGGAGCACAAAGUGCCCAAUACCCCCCUGAAAGCCCGCUACGAGUCUCUUCCAGCUCUCCGCUACGCAGACAUGCUCGAGUCCGAGGCGCUUGGCAAACCCUUCAGCGAGGCGUCCUGGCAGCCGCCAGCCUGGUACACGCGGCUCCAAGCCGCGGCGAGCCUCGCAGGGCCGUUUCCAACGUCAUCGUACCCGCAGACCGACCUGAACCGCUUCGCCGGUGUUGGCUCGAACGGGCAGCCGCAUGUGAUGUCAGACAACAGCGAAGGCGACAGAGAGUGGUACUCCGCGCUCUACAGCGGGUGGAGCGCUGUGUCGCAGAAGACAGCCGAACUGGCGCAGCACGCCACGAAAGCAGUUCAGGGCGCUGACGUGGAGGGGAUGCGCAGCAGCUUGGCGCAAACGUGGGCGGGCGUGUCUGCCACAGUGUCUGCCUACGCCGCGGACCUGCAGCAGCGAAUAGCGGAAGGCGGCGGCCGCGACAAAGACGACGGCCUUGACCGCAUGCUCCAAAACGCGCGUGAGGCGCAGACGGAGAGCAGCGUAGACAACCGUGCUGCUGGCCAGACUCGAUAUGGCCACAUUGAAGGCAGCCGCGGCAACGGCCCAGGCUCUCGCAUCGCGGUGCAAGCGAGGCCGGUCGGUGCCGCGUCACCAGAGUCGUCGACAGUAUACCAAGGGCGAGUACUGCGGCAGAGCGCAUCCGAGAGCUCGCCAACGGAGAGCGUCACUGCCUCUGCCUCGUCUGGUUGGGACUCACCCAGUCGAGCCAGUCCCAGUGCCGCACUUCCUCAAACACAACCGACAUCGAGCCGCCCCGUGAACCCGCUCGGUGGAGAUGCUGGUGGUGGUGGUGCCUCCCCUCCUGCAUCGCAGUCGACGAAGAAGGACGAGUGGUCCUGGGACAACGAGAACUUCUAA